AUGCUUUCACAGAUGCUGUGUUUUCUUAUCAAUACUGUCAGCAGUAUAUUCUGUGGUCACCUGGGGAAAGAGGAGCUGGAUGCUGUCACACUCGCCAAUGCAGUUAUUUCAGUUACUGGGCUUUCAGUAGGGCUUGGCUUAUCAUCAGCAUGUGAUACCCUUAUAUCACAGAUAUUUGGAGGUAAAAAUGUAAAGUUAAUUGGCAUUGUCCUGCAACGUGGGAUCCUCAUACUACUACUGGCAUGUUUUCCUUGCUGGGCACUGUUCAUAAACACGGAGAAAAUUCUGCUGCUCUUUAAUCAAAACCCAAAAGUGGCUCGCAUGGCAGAAGAUUAUGCUGUGAUUUUUAUCCCUGCUCUUCCAGCUGCAUUUCUUUACCAACUAGAGGCAAGAUAUUUACAAAAUCAAGGAAUUGUCAAAACGCAGAUCAUUGUCGGCAUUAUAUCCAACAUCACAAAUGCCGUUGUGAACUAUAUCUUUCUGUUUGUACUGGACCUUGGAGUCAUAGGAUCAGCAUGGGCCAAUACUAUUGCUCAGUAUUCUCAGGCUGUUCUUUUAUUUAUUUAUAUUCGUGUCAAGAAACUCCAUGUAAACACCUGGGGAGGUUGGUCUGUGGAAUGCUUACGAGAUUGGAACUCCUUUGUGGUGUUGGCUGUACCAAGCAUGUUCAUGGUGUGCAUAGAGUGGUGGACUUAUGAAAUUGGCAGCUUACUUGUAGGACUUAUAAGCGUGGUGGAGCUUGGUGCCCAGUCUGUCAUAUAUCAAGUGGUGACCAUAGCAUACAUGAUCCCAUAUGGAAUAGGUAUGGCUACAAGUGUCCGAGUGGGAAAUGCACUUGGUGCAGGAAACAUUGAACAAGCAAAGAGAUCCACGAGGACUGCUUUCCUUAUCACAGGUAUUUUCAUCAUUCUGGACACAAUCCUGCUAGCUGCCUUGAAGAAUGUAUUUUCAUACAUAUUUACUAGCGAUGGAGAAAUUGCUGCCCUGGUUUCUGAAGUUAUACCCAUAUACAUUGUAUUCCACCUGUUUGAAAGUAUUGCUUGUGUCUCCGGUGGAGUAUUAAGAGGCAUAGGAAGGCAGAAGAUCGGUGCUGUUGUAUUUGCCAUUGGUUAUUACUUGCUUGGACUGCCAGUUGCUGCUUCUCUUAUGUUUGCAGCCAAAGUGGGCAUCAAGGGUCUUUGGAGUGGAAUGAUCAUCUGUGGAAUGUUUCUGUCCGCUUUCUUCAUCAUCUAUCUCCUAAAAGUAAACUGGAACGAUGUCUCCAAUGAAGCUCAAAAACGAGCAGGGGUGAUGUGUCAGGAGACUAAUCUGGCAGAAGAAAAUAAUAUCUCAGACAUCAUUGGAUUAUCAGAGGUCCCCUCUCAGAAUAUAGAAACAAGGCAGCUGCCUCUUCAAGAAAAUCCAGUUGGUUCUGACAAGCCCUUACCAAUGAGGGAGGUAAUUAUCCUGCGUGGACUCACUCUGAUUCUGGCCAUUGUUGUGCUACUAACUGGAGUUCUGAUUAAAGUAUGGGAAUCUGCUCACUAGAGGAUCAGCCACACUAAAGGAACAUUAUACUGAAAUACAUUAUUCAGAUAUGUUUUGUAGAACUCUUAAAUUAACCACAUACAUUACGAUCCUCCUGCUGAACCUGAGGAAGCAAAUGUUUUGAGUCAGAACAAGGAGCAGUUUAUCAAUGCAAUAUUUACAUCACAUUGCACUGAU